AUGGCUUACCAGUGGCACCCUAUUCCAGAGUUCACAAGCAUUCUGAUGGUAGAGUCAUAUUUUGGGCACGAGGGUAUCGUCAAGGUGCUGCUCGAGGCCAAGGCCGACGUCGACUCGAAGGAUGACGACGGUAGGACGCCGCUGUGGUGGGCGGCCGUGAACGGGCACGAGCGUAUCGUCAAGCUGCUGGAGUCCUUCAGUGUCACCAGGCCUCCAGUCUCCACCCCUCCGGUCACUGAGCCUCCAAGCACCGCACCGCCAGCCAUCGAACGUCUCAACGUUUCGUCUCUGGCGUUGGCGCUGGAGAACUUAGACGAAAAUGGCUACAUCUCUGGGACCACACUUCUCCGAACGGCUGCGAUCUUGGCCGCCCGUGGCACGGAAGUCACCCCCGAAUUUGUUGAGACCCUGAGCCGAUUGAGGCUCCACGAGGAAGUCAUUGUCGACGGGAUUAUACGCCUGCUCGAAGUUCUCGUUCAUACCUGGGAGGACGGUUAG